GGGGGAAGAGCAGUGAGGGAAUGGGAGAUGAGAGCGGGCGCUAGAUCCUCUGUUGAAGACGAUUGAGCCAUCCAUGGGUUGACAAGCCAUCGCAACUCAUCCAUCUCGUGGCGCUCCCCAUCAUCAUCGGCCUCUCUUCGUCGCCUCGUCCAGGCAUGGCGAGCGCACCUCUCUCUUCAGCAACCAACCGACAGAGGACGAGGCCUGUCAGCUACGUGAAUAGGGCCACGUGACAAGGUAUGGCGCGUCAAGCGAUGGAAGACCAUCAUCUUUCUGAGAUGCUGGCUGGCUGUCCUACCUCGCUUGUUGUUUUCAGGACGCUCGACCAUGUCUGCGGCUGCACUCGUGGAUGGCCUGGCUAGUGGCAGCCAACAAACCCGAGCCGACUGCAUUCGCGCCCUCGCCGAUGAGAUCGGCAAGGAUCUUGUGGGGAGUGACCGCACCGACCUCAUCAGGCGUCUGCUGGAGGCCAAUACUCGGGCACUGCUAGCGCUUCUUGAGGCGGUGUCCUCCUCACGCGAGACUGAAAGGCCUGCCGGGUUUGUCCUCUUCGCGCUCACUGCCACACGAGAGAGAGACCUUCCGGACGCCAAGUGGCUGACCACGCAGGCCCUGUCUGCUGCUGGCUCCACGGACAGUCUGGUGGCCAUGAUGGUCGGCGCCAAGGACGAGGCCUGCGUGUCUGUCGCCUUGAACGUCUUCUCAGAGGUGUUGCAGCGAGGGGUUCAGUCAGGCGACUCGGGUGCCCGCGACCUGCUGCUCAGCAAGCACUACGACAUCGUGACGACCUGUCUGACCUACCUGGCGUCGCAGAGGGACUCGCAGGGCUACCCUUUCAUCCUCAGGCUCAUCUUUAUCGAAUCCAUCUUCUCCAGACGCUUCCCGACGCCGCCUGCUCCGAGGACGUGGGAGCCUCUGCUGCCAUGCCUGUGUGAGGCGCUGCUGCGCGACGAUGCCCUCCGGUCUGCCAGGCUCUCCUACAUCAGGCACCUCAACCAGAUCAUCGCCGAAUGCAUCAGCUCCGCAUCAACUACAAGUGAGCGAUGGAUGGAUGGAUGGAUGGAUGGAUAACACAGAGAGCUGGCAUCCACCAGACCAGAUCUGUGUCUGUCAUGACCCCAUCCAUCAGGUGCCUCUGAAAUUCUGUCCCGGUUUGUGUCCUCGCAUCUCGAGAGCAGCAUGGCCAUCCUCGACAGCGGCGGCUCCACAGAUAGCCUCAAUGCGAUAGCCUCAAUGCGCUGGCGGGCCUCCAUCGCGAUCUCAUUGAUGUUCUACUACACCUUUCUGCUAGGUUGGCAUACCAUACCCACACGUUUCAAUGAUAUGGUGCCUGGGUCUGUCUGUCUGUCUGUCUGCGCGUGUAGAUGAUGAUGCUGAUCUGACCGUGCUCUACCGGUUGUGUGAGCGACUGCUGGAGGCCCCUCGAGUGCUCAGGAUCGUCGCAGACCACCUCAUGAGAGGUCUCAAGGAGCCAGAGCCACUUGUGCAGACGGUCUCGGGAGACCGAUCUGACAGUCGGCGCGCUGUGGAUGAGUGUCGAGCCCUUUCUGGCCUCGCCGUCUGUAUCCCACGGGCACUCAUCUGUGAGCAGAGACAGUCUCUCUUAUCCGGCAUACGUGCCACUGUUGUGCGUGUGCGUGCAGGCGCUGGUCACACUGCUGCAGCGAUUCAGGCGGGCUUCCCCGAUGUCAUCAUGGCACUCACACAGCACUGCCAGCACAGCAGGGGGUUCUUUAACUACACCCCACGUGUGCUCGGCGUCAUGGAUGUGUUCACACUCGCAAACUCCAAGGUGGGCGGGUCCGCCAACGGAGGGAGGUCUCGUGAUACUCUCCGACACACGUGUGGGAUAUUGUGUGUGUGUGUGUGUGUGUGUUUGUUUGUAUCGAUGUGUGCAGAUGAUGAUCGACAUCGGUGCGGUAGAGGUCGUGUGCGAUUUGCUGCUCAGGCGCCACGCAGAGAAGACGCCAGCACAUGCCACGACCAGCGAUUCGCCGGCGCCAAUAGGUUUGGUCGGAGGGUGUUGGCAAAUCCUGGGCAGGAUGGUCGUGUAAGCAUCCAGACCCGAUAUGAGAUGCCCACACACAUAACGGUCACAUGUGAUGUGUUUGUUGCAUGUGUGUACCUUAUCUCGAUGUUUCCAUCCAGCUAUGGCGAGUCCCGCGUGCGUCCCAAUGCGCCGUACAACAAGGUCUCGCAAAAGAUCCUCCAGGUCACUGACUGAUGGAUGAGCAACCUAGGUCAUGCGUCCUCAGCUUGGCAAGCUGUGACGGUUUCUUUUGCUUGUUUCCAGAAUGCGUCCGUCCAGAAGUUGCGUGAGCUUCACUGCGGCACCGGUGGCCUCGACGUCCAAGACACCAGCAGGCGCCCCAAGGCCAAGAAGGGCAGGAUCAAGGGGCACUCAAAGGCGAAGACAUCCCAGUAGGCCAACGAAGCGACAAGGCCACACGUGUGUGAGGAUAUCAAGCAUGGAUGGCAUGCAGGCCAUGCAGCCCGCCAGACCCCACCUCUUGCCCGCCGUCAUCCUCCUCCUCCCCCCCGUCAGAUCAGAAGGCCGACGGCGCAGCAGGGGAGGACGCUGCUCCCUACGUUAUGACAUGGAGCGACAAGACUGCUCGUGGGGCGACACCUCUCGCCGGCGUCCUGGCGUUCUUCGACCAGAUCGAAGAGAAGGAGAACGAGCGUGCUGCAGUCGUGUUAGCUGACCUCAUGGCGACCGACGAGAGGGCGGAGAAGGACAAGACGGCGGGCAAGGGCAGAGGCGGGGGGAAGGCUAGAAAGGGCAAAGGGCCACCGAGUGUGGCUGAGUCUGCGCGCUCCUAUGAUGUGUAAGUGGGCAACGACACGGCAAGCCCCCGCCACUGAUUGGUGUGUACCGUUUGCUUGUAUUUGUCAGGUGUGUUGAUGGUCGUGAUGCCUCUGACAGAGUGGCUGCCGCCGGACCCCAGGCAGGGUGAGUGUGUGGGCGGGCGGGAACGCAGCACGGCUGCCAGCUGUGUGUACGUGCCAUGGACUCUGUGUGGGUCUCUCUGGGCCAGAUCUGCUGCUGGUGCUGGCCCAGGGGAGAGGGACCCUCAGCCCCGCGGCAGAAGGAGGAAGAAUCGAAAGAAGAAGCUCAACAAGGGCAGGGGCGAAUCGCAGUAAGUGAUGGAAGGAGAGAGGGAGGGGGAAGGGGCCACAUUACGGUGGGCUGUGUCAUCCAUUUCGGCUCUCGCAGGUCUGUUGAGUCGGUGGCUGAGGAGGGCGUAGAGCAUGACGGUGAUAGCGACGUAGAGGACGCUCGUGCUGACGGCGAUGACAUAGACACACAGCAGGAGAGGUCAGCACACACAACACAACACAGCCAAGCUGUCACCCCUCGCCAAUACGUGCUGCAUCCUCUCUAUGUGCAGGCCCAUGUCCGAGUCUGCGGACACGACGCGGCCUUCUUCUCGUUCGUCCGGUGCUGAGCCUCUCCGGCCCCCCACCGCCAAGCCUCUGCAGAGCGUCGGCAGCGGCACGGCUGGGCAGGUCGGCAGUGGCCUGGGGACCGUGUUGCGAGAGGGCCAUGGUCUCGCUGGUCAUUCGGCUUCGGUCAGCGGCGCGGUGGCCGCAUCGGUCGGAGCUGGGGCGGCACUCACCCUGGCGGCCGACAAGGAACAUCCACCACAGCAAGAUGGAGACGACAGGUCCGCUGCCUGCCCCAGACAGGCAUCUGCACCGCGGCAGAUGUGUCACUUGUGUGUUGGGUGUGCAGUGGGGAUGAGGAGGAGCAUGAGGCGCAGACGCAGAUGGCCAUCGCUGCAUCGCUGCACGACGCCACCACCGCUGCCAUGGUGCGCCCGCCAUCCAUGCCGCCCUCUUCGUCGCUGACGUCUGGCGGCUCCGCCAGUGGCGCACCCGCAGCAGCAGCAGCAGCGGCAUCACUCGGGCCUCUGAAAGAUGCAGUGUGCAGGGCUAUAGAGGAGCAGCAGAGGUCAGCAAAGAAUCGACGGAGGGAUGGGCGGACGCUUGGCUGCGUCAUGUGUGUGUCCAUGUCACCCAUCUGCAGCAUGGAGCGUGCUUAUGGCGAGGCGCUCGAGCGGCACUCGACCAUCAUGGAGCGGACCAACGAGCUCACCGCUGCCAUAGGGGCACUCGCAGAAGCCACGCAAGAGCAGCCAGACACGUACAAAGAUGGGAUAAAAAGCUCUGAAUCAUCUCUACUGAUUCCUGUUGUGCUUCAGGUUGACUCGCGAUGCGUUGAUGGCCCCGACGACGGCAGCGGAGGUCUGUGAGUUCGGCGAGAGGGUCACGCGCGAAGGCGAGCGGCUCGACCAGCUCUACUGUCGUGCAUGCGAUUCCUCCCGCCCCAGCAGCAGCGACACACGUGCCGACAACGGCAGCGAGUCCCUGUUUGGCCGCCUGCCGUCCCCAUCUGCAGCAUUUGAUGUAGCGCGCAACAACGAUCGCAUCCAAAGGUGACUAACGACACCACACACACACACAGAGAAGUGAUUGAUCGGCACCCACUCAGGUCCUCGCGUCAUGACAAGAUAGCUGACGAGGUCGAUUCGGUGUCAUCGGAGGGGCAGCUGCGCGAGAUGCGGCAGAGCACUGAGGCCAAGCUGCGACAGUGAGCACACUCACGGAGAAACGAGCGAGGGAGUGUGUUCAUGCUGCCCCUUGGCUCUCCUGUAGGCUGGAGGCGGACAUCUCGACGGUGACGGAGGCGACUGCGGCCGCCGAGGCGAAGACACAAACACUCCAAGAGCAACAUGACAACCUGCUUCAGCGAGCACUCACAGGGUGGGUAGACAGACACGCACACAAACUUCGCCGCCAACACCCCUCCUUGUUUCGUGUGUGCAGCCUGACGGAGCACCGGCUGUCAUCCCUCCGCUCCCCUGAAGAUGUGGAGGCCUUCAAGCGCGACAUCACCAAGGCCAGGGCGGCACUGCGGGCACUGGCGAGAGAGGCCAGCAAGAUGGAGGGUCGGCUGGAGGACAGGGAAGCAGCGGCCGCCUCUGCUGCUGCGGCACCGCCUCCCCCUCCCCGGCCCAUCUGCGGCAUCUGCAACGACAGCCCGCCCACAGUGCUGUUCUAUCCCUGUGGCCACCUGUGCCUGUGUGCCGACUGCUGGCAGCAGUGGAAGGGCAGACACGAGAGGGCCAAGGCCGAGAAGGAGCGGCUGGAGGGGGCGGGCCAGCCGGUGCCUGAGGAGGUGCGUCGGUAUGCGGUGAUGAGAUGCCCUUCUUGCCGCAGUGAGCCCGAGAAGACGAUCGUAGUGCACGUGCAGACGGACAAUUGAGUAGAUCAG